GCCACCGCCGCAGAUAGACCACAUCGAUUGUCAAUAUCCCGAACUUACUCCAGCUGGGCAGGCAACCGGACAACAUGCAAAUACUCCCAAAGAUCCUGAAUAGGAGCACCAAGACACAGCCAACGCAAGAACUAUCGGUGCCAGAUACCACAGAAACGACGUCCCUUCCACAGGAAAUUAAGGAUGUCGUCGUUCCAUACUACGAGGAGGAGCCGACGGUGUCAGGUGCUCUGAAAGAACUAGUUCCCACCGCUAAUGGCAGUCUUCGAUACCUCCGCGAUCUCCUGCCAUGCAUCGACUGGAUCCCUCGAUAUAAUCUCCAAUGGCUGAUGGGCGACUGUAUCGCAGGACUGACUGUAGGUUUGGUGGUGAUACCCCAGGCCAUGGCCUAUGCACUGCUGGCGGGUUUAACGCCCGAUUUUGGGUUGUAUACUUCCUUUGCCGGUGCGGCGACAUACUGGCUCUUUGGCACGUCCAAGGAUAUAGUGAUCGGGACCACUGCCGUCGGCUCUCUGUUAGUCGGAGAAGUCAUCAACCAUGUCCACAACUCACGUCCAGACACUUAUACGAGCCCUGAAAUCGCCAAAACCUUGUCAUUUAUCACCGGUCUGAUUCUCUUCGGCGUCGGCCUGCUUCGUUUGGGCUGGCUUGUGGAAGUCAUUCCUUAUAUUCCCGUGUCGGCUUUCAUUACUGCCGCCAGCAUCACCAUCAUUUGUACGCAGUUUCCCGUCAUGAUGGGAAUUCCGGGAAUUAAUACGAGCGAGGAACCUUACAAGGUCAUCAUCGCGACGUUGCGCCACCUUGGUGACACCCAUCUAGAUGCUGCACUCGGUGUUACAUGUUUGAUCCUCUUGGACGUUGUCCGUCGAGUCUGUGCUAAGAUGGAGGUCCGCCAGCCGGCGCGCAAACGUGUAUGGGCGACUAUAUCGUCGCUGAGAUUGACUUUUGCCAUGCUCCUCUAUACCUUGGUCAGCUGGCUCGUCAAUCGCAAUUUACCCGAAGACCGCAGCAAGUUCAGGAUCGUUGGUCAUAUUGAAAAAGGUUUCAUUCACGCAGGCCCCCCCUCACUUGACGGGGCUCUCAUCCGCCUUAUUCUGCCGCAGAGUCCAAUCAUCAUUGUCAUCCUCGUCAUUGAACAUAUCGCCAUCGCCAAGAACUUUGGCAAACGGUUCGGAUAUCAGGUAAAUCCGUCACAAGAAAUCAUGGCACAAGGAACAGCCAACGUGCUGGGCCCGUUUCUUGGUGGAUACUCAUGUACUGGCUCAUUCGGCGCCUCAGCCGUGCUGUCCAAAGCAGCUGUUCGGACACCACUGGCAGGACUGUUCAGUGCUCUGGUCUUGCUGCUUGCUCUUUACGCCUUGACGGCAGUCUUCUAUUAUAUCCCUCGAGCCGCCCUAGCAGGGCUGAUCAUCCACGCAGUGCUCAAUCUCAUUGCAUCCCCUUCCACGGUCAAGAGAUACUGGCGUCUCUCGCCAUUCGAAUGUUUGAUCUGGGUGAUUGGCGUGGUGGUAGCCAUCUUCACUGGUCUCGAGACAUCCAUAUACGUAACCAUCGGCCUUUCCUUAGCUCUUCUACUGAUCCGCAUCGCCCGGACCAAGGGGCAGGUCUUAGGCAAGGUCUCAAUCCAGCAGCGACAAUCAGCCGCGGAAAAGGAUGACAAGACGAAUGGCACAGUUUGCCCGUCGAAAGACUGCCAGGUCUCACCAAUAAGUGCUCAAACUCGCGACAUAUAUCUCGAUGAAGGAAGAAACGACGCCUCCAACCCUGAUAUUGUCGUCGCCAGUCCUCACCCAGGAGUCUUCAUCUACCACUUCCCCGAAGGCUUCAACUACCUCAACCAAGCCUACCAUCUCCAAAAUCUCGCCGACCACGUCUACGCACACACGCGCCGCACCACCGUUCCAAGUAAAGCCGACGCCGCCGAAGCAAUGUGGUGCGACAAUCCAACCUCAUUCAGUGACCAAGACACAAGUCUCCCAACAUUAAAAGCCAUGGUCAUCGACUGUUCCACCGUGAAUAACAUCGACAUCACCAGCGUACAGGGUCUGAUCGACACCAGGAACGCAUUAGAUCGCUGGGCGAAGCCAUCACCAGUAGAUUGGCAUUUCGGCGGUUUAAGGAAUAGAUGGUCUCGACGAGCUCUUGCAACAGCUGGAUUUGGUCGUGUAACGCAGGGGCAUUCCCAUUCUCUGGGAAAUUGGACUCCAAUCUAUGCUCUGACGACUUCGUUCGCGGGAGCAACGGAGGCGGAUGAGUGUUCUGAAUUGAGUCGCAGGGAGAAGACGUUGGAUGCGGUGGAUGAAGGUGGUAAUGAGAAUCAUGGUAAUGGCAGUGCGAUGAGAGAGGUUGAUGGGGAGAGGACAGACGAGAAAGAUAUGGCCAUAUCAAUGUCGAUGUCGAGGGUUGAUAUGGCAGUGAUUCGGACUGGUGCGAAAGAAGAGUCGAUACACUCCUCAGCACAGAGACUACGUCCUGUAUUUGCGUUGGAUAGACCAAAUUUUCAUGCUGACCUUGCUGGGGCUGUGGCUGCUGCAGUGACGAAUGCGGCAUCACGGACUGGCUGAGGCCAUGAAUGAACUUGGGGGGCCUUGAUACACUAUCACCAUUAGGGAUGCA